AUGGGUACUUUUGCUGGACAUGCUCUGCCUGGAAGCUUUUUCCUAUUGUUUGGAAUCUGGUCAGCCAUUUUUCAACUGAAGAAAUAUUAUCGAAGACGAAGGUAUGAACUUGGCCUGUCUCCUCGCCCAGAGCCUGCUUACAAAAACCAACUGACUACCCCCAUUCGGUGUUGUGAAGGCGGUUGCUGCUGCAGAGGAAAAGAAUUUCCACUAGAUUCUCUCCUUAAGGCUGUUUGUUGCCUAAUCGGAAUAAUAGGCGAAGUAUAUACAGGAUUUAAAGAUGGAAGUUUUGCGCACAUUGGGAAUGCUCAACACUCGACAAUGUAUGCCAUGUUUAUGCUAUCGGGAAUAUUGGAAAUGAUCAAUUUCUAUCGAAUCAUAAGGCUACCCAAGUUCUCAGAUUACUUCUUCAGUUUUCUCGCAAUCACAACGGAAGCCGUUCUCUUUGCCUUUCAUCUUCACGGCAGAACUCUGGCUGAUGUUUAUGUCCAUACCAUUCUUAUUUACGCCGUUUUGUGUUUGAUUGUUGUUGGUGUGUUUGAGGCCAUUUAUCCUCGAUCUCUCCUCCUUGGACUCGUACGCUCUCUUUUCCUGAUUCUUCAAGGAACUUGGUUUUGGCAUGUUGGUGCAAUUCUCUACCCUCCGGUGUCGUGGCUGCCGGUGUGGAACGAGCAAGCAGUUGAGAGUAUUCCGCGGGCAACGAACGUGUUUAUCUGGCACGUCAUUGUUGUGUUUGGCUUGAUCUGCUUGACGUCUGCCGUGAUGGGCUUUCCGUUGAGAAACUCGCCAGCGCUCCAUAGCUUCAACAGAACCGAUCAGCGCCACCUCCUCUCCGACGACGAAAACUCCAGUAGCGAGAAUGAAAUUCUGGAGAUGCAUUAG